GUCGGCGGCAUCAAGACAAUAUAUAGACAACAACACAAGCCAAGUCAUAUUGAAAAUUAAAAAAAAAAAAAACCAUUAUAUAGGCGAAGAAACAGAAAAGGGAAUAUUAAUCGUAAAAAUUUGAACAGCGAGAACGGAAACGAUAACGAAAAGAUCGAGAUUAAUGUCAGCGAGUAUAAAAAAGACGCGAGUGAACGCGGAACAAAGCGAAACGAAACGGGACAAAACGAGACAAAGCGGAAAAAUACGCUGCGUAACGGAAUCUGUCCUAGUGUUUUUGUUGUUGUGCCGCAAUCUUUAAGUGAGAGUGUCAAGAGCAAGGUUCAGAAACUAUAAAAAUUCCCAAUUGCAGUCGAACUUCUAUUGCUCGGUACACCUACAUAUAUCGCCCGAUUUCGAACGGAACGAGAUGCAAGAGCGUCUUGCGGAGGUGUGAACCUGUUUAUGUGUGCUAGGUGUCCGUCCGUGCGUGGCAGUGUGUGUGUGUCUCAAUUGCCUCCGUUCCGCAAUCCGCCAUCCGCCAACCGCCAUCCGCCAUUCAUCACCCACAAUUCCACCCACCAAACGACCCGGGGACUCUACGUGCUAUUGUGGAUCUUGAUCUUAGCACAAAUUGAGAUAUCUCUCGCCGUCUCACUUAAGCCAAGCCAAGCUGAAAAGAGGAAUAAAGCCGAAGGAGGAGAGAAGAAACCAGAGAAGAACCAGAAAAUCAAAUAAAAGACAAGAAACCGAAAACGAAAAAGAAAAGAAAAGAAAAGAAAGGCCAGGGAGGCGAGAGAACCGGAAAGGAAAGAAAAGAGAAAAUCAACACCAUUGAAGUGGGGAUUGAGAUUGAGAUUGCGCUUCAUACAACGGCGCAUCGCAGUUUACGAGUGUCCAUCACCACUACAACACCGUGCAGUAAUGGAAGACUAUUGGGGUCUUAGCAGCACUACGGAUAAAAAUUGCACUCAGCCCGCCAUUGAUGACUUCCCCAGGGACCUGUUCUCGGAGGCGCAAAGACAGUCCGGUGCUGUUGUACUUCAUGUUAUAGCCAGUUUAUAUUUAUUCGUAGCCUUAGCCGUAGUGUGUGAUGAGUACUUUGUGCCAGCAGUCGAGAAAAUAUGUGCAGCACUCAACAUGUCCAACGAUGUGGCGGGCGCCACGUUCAUGGCCGCGGCCACCUCCGCCCCCGAGUUGUUCGUCAACGUGAUAGGCACGUUCAUCACGGAGGGCGACAUCGGAGUGGGCACGAUUGUCGGAUCGGCGGUCUUUAACAUCUUGGCGGUGGCCGCCUGCUGCGGCAUCGGAGCUGGCAUGACUAUUCCCCUGGACUGGUGGCCGUUGACGAGGGACAGCAUCGCCUACGGAGUGACGGUGGCCAUCCUCAUCUGCGUGAUGCACGACGAGCGCGUCGAGUGGUACGAGGCCCUCAUCCUGGUCUCCCUGUACGCCGUCUACCUGGCGGUCAUGUACUUCGACAAGACCUUCCAGAAGUGCGCCAAAGGUGGCGUUAAGCAGGCGCGUUCGCGCAGCCGGUCCUCAAACUGCAGCAUACACACAAAGAACAGCAAUGAGAAGGAACCAGAGCUCGUGGAGAACCGCAUUUGCCAGAACAUGGCCAACAUCCAGCUGAACGGAGGACUCAACAAUGACCAGGCCAAGACCGCAGGCACCAGCGGUGGCGGCACCACCACCACCUCGACCUUGACCACCACGAUAAGCGUCAGCACCACCACCACCACCACCACCAGCCACGCAGCUGGGGGCGGAGAGGGAGGGGGCGUGCCCCCAGGAGCUGGACCCAUUGCCCAAAUGGCUCCACUGGACGAGGCGGAGGCCCAAUCCGGCGCAGUGGCUGCCGCUGGCGAGGAUCGCGAGGAGGAGGGCUACUCCCUGCUCGCCUACCCGAAGGACAAGAGCUGCUUCGCCCAGUUCACCUGGCUGAUCAUCUGGCCCAUCCACCUGCUCUUCCGCAUCGCCAUUCCCGACUGCAAGAAGGCCAAGAACAACAAGAUCUUCCCCCUGACCUUCAUCAUGUGCAUCGUCUGGAUCGGAUCGCUGUCCUAUGUGGUUGCGUGGAUGAUAACCAUAAUAGGUGACACUCUCAAGAUUCCGGACUCGGUGAUGGGGAUUACGUUCCUGGCGGCCGGGACCAGUGUACCCGAAGCGGUUUCCAGUGUAAUUGUAGCGAAACGCGGUCACGGAUCGAUGGGGAUCUGCAACUCGAUCGGGUCGAACACCUUCGACAUCCUGCUCUGCCUCGGAGUUCCCUGGCUGAUCAAGGCGGUCUUCUUCCCGAUUCAGCCGGGCCAGAACUACGUGGCCAUCAACUCGGCCGGACUGGAGUACUCGGCGAUCACCUUGCUGUCCACGCUGUUCCUCCUCUAUCUGACCUUCUCGACGAACAAGUUCAAGCUGGACAAGAAGGUGGGCACUGCCUGUCUGGUGAUGUACCUGGUCUUCAUGGUCUUCGCCUCCCUCAUCGAACUCAAUGUGUUCUUCCGCGUCAACCUGCCCACGUGCGGUCGAUCAUGAGAUGGAUCUGCAUCCGACAAAUCCGACAAAAAUCCGACGAAUCCGAAUCAAAUAUCCGACGAUAUCCGAGGGACAGCUUGUGUGCGAUUUUGGAUGAACGGAUGGAUGGAUGGCUAGAUGGAUGGCUAGAUGGAUGGAUAGAUGGAUGGAUAGAUGGAUGGAUGGAUGGAUGGAUGAAUAGAUUGGAGGGAUGCCGGAUGCCAUUGCUGUUUCCGAUUUCCGAUUCCGCCUUCGUUUCCGGCUGCUGGCUGGAAAAAAACCCUGAGUGCAGUCCUUUAAUUAAUUAAUAUAUAUUUUCUGUUCUAUUCUAUCUACCUUGAUAGUUGAGUUACGUUAUACGUUAUGCUGUUAUUGUAAUAAUACUUUUUUUUUAUUAUUAUUAUUGAAGUAGACUUUCAAGACCUUCGGUUGAAAACCAAAAGACAAAUGCAAAUAGACGAGAAGUAAUAAAAAGAUAAACUGAGCGAAGCGAAGGGAGAAACGAAAACCAAAAACAAAACCAAACAAAUUCAAUAAUGUAUUUAUAUGAUUAAUAUAUAUGAGAUUUAACAAAGA